CGGGCCGUAAGAGCUUUGCAGUGCAUGAACAACCACAAUGGUCAAGUCCUCUGAUUCACCCACAAGAAACCUCAAGUAUUUCUGACCUUCCCAGAUUUCUAGCUAGACGUGAGUUGCUCACUGGAGGUCUUACAAGGUUUAGCGACAAGCCAAGUGACUACUGGGCAUGGAAAUCCUCAUUUGAAAAAGCCAUCCAAGGUCUACAUCUAACAGCUAGUGAAGAGCUUGACUUGUUGACUAAGUGGUUAGGCGACAAAUCCUCACAACAUGCAAAACGCCUCAGAGCAGUGCAUAUUAACUACCCUUCCCUCGGUCUGAACAAAGUGUGGGAGAGACUUCUAGAGUGUUAUGGAUCUCCUGAGGCCUUAGAAAAGGCUAUGUUUGAUAGGCUAGAACUGUUCCCCAGAAUUACCAACAAGGAGCCUCAUCUGCUGCGGGACCUUGGUGACCUACUGUUAGAGAUUGACUCUGCUUAGAGCAAAGGACACAUACCAGGAUUGCUGUACCUCGACACAGCACGCUUAUCGAAUGUGACAUGCUUCCUGACAAUCGAAAUUAAAUACCAACUCCUGAAGCCGCUCACUAUCAUCCACAUCUCAAGGCCGUUGCUAUAGAGAUCCCAGCACUCGAUCCCAAGGCUGAUAUUCUGUUGCUACUUGGAAGAGAUGUUAUUCAGACCCACAAGGUGCUCGAGCAGCGCAACGGGCCCCUAAAUGCUCCAUUCGCACAGAAGUUAGCUCUUGGGUGGGUUAUUGUUGGUGAUGUCUGUCUUGGCAGGGCUCACAACCCCGGACAUGUAAAUGUUCUCAAGACAAACAUCUUGGAAAAUGGAAGACCAAGCUACUUCCUUCCAUGUCAAAACAGCAUGCAGGUAAAUGAAAGUUUUGAUUGCCAAGACCGCGACAGGAUGGACUCUAAGGCAGACACCAUGGGAGAUACAGUCUUUCAGUCUACUAGCGCAGAUGAGAAACCUGCCUACUCCAUAGAAGAAAGAACCUUCCUGCAGAUAAUGGAGAAGGAAGUCUACCAAGACGACUCAAGCAGCUUGGUGGCUCCGUUGCCCUUCCGCUCUCCAAGACCACGUCUUCCCAACAACAAACAGCAAGCAAGUCAACGCCUCUCCUCAGUUCGUCGCACGCGGAAGAAGCGACCUGAAACAAGACAACACUUUGUGGACUUUAUGGAAAAUAUAUUUGUCAGCGGUCAUGCAGAACCGGCACCCCCACUCAAAGAACAUGAGGAAUGCUGGUAUCUUCCCUUCUUUGGGGUUUAUCACCCUCAUAAGCCAGAACAAAUCAGGGUGGUCUUUGACUCGAGCGCUCAACACCAUGGAGUGUCUUUAAAUGAUGUCCUUCUCACAGGCCCCAAUCUCAACAACAGCCUGCUGGGUGUCCUUAUGCAGUUCCGUGAAGAGCAAGUGGCAGUAACUACUGACAUCAAGCAGAUGUUCUAUUGCUUCUUGGUACGAGAAGAUCACAGGAACUUCUUACGCUUCCUUUGGCACCGGAACAACGACUUGGAGCAACCCAUAGUGGAGUACCGCAUGAGAGUGCACGUCUUCGGGAACAGUCCAUCACCUGCCGUGGCAAACUACGCGCUCAGAAAGGCAUCCAAAGACCAAGAAGGAAAUUACUUUCAAUCGAAACACCUAGUUGAGCGUCACUUCUAUGUUGACGAUGGUCUCAUCUCAUUUCCAUCAGGAAAUGAGCCCGUUGCAGCUCUCAAGGCGGCCCAAGAAACGCUAGCUGCAUCCAAUUUAAAGCUGCACAAGAUAGCUUCUAACAGCAUCGAAGUGAUGAAAGCCUUUCCAAAAGAUGAUCUUGCAAAAGGCUUAAAAGACCUCGAUCUUGGAGCAGACUUUCCACCCAUGUUACGAAGUCUAGGAAUAAGCUGGGACGUUACCACUAACGAGUUCACCUUCCAGGUGUCCAGGGCAGAGAAACCUUACACUCGCAGAGGGGUGUUAUCGACCAUAAAUAGCCUCUACGACCCGCUUGGUUUUGCAGCUCCAGUCAGCAUUAAAGGUAGAGCCCAGCUAAGAGAGCUUACAACGGAGGCCUGCGAGUGGGACGAACCCCUUCCUGAAAAGAAGCUUAAAGACUGGUGUGAGUGGAAAGACUAUAUCAAAGAUCUGGAACACGUCCGCAUUCCAAGGACAUACACUGCCAUCCCCCUGAGCAGGGGGCUUUGCAUUUUCUGCGACGCCUCUAAACAAGCCAUAGCAGCUGUAGCCUAUAUUAAAGUAACAGAUGCAGAAGCCAAAAGUGAACUUGGAUUUCUGUUCGGCAAGGCUAAGCUUGCGCCGCAACCAGAGGUGACAGCCAUUGUGAACACAAGACCUCUCAUCCCAGUGUCCACCGACCCAAGCUUUCUUAUCAUCUUAACACCAGCUACCCUCCUAACCCAGAAGGUUGGCAUUCCAUAAAUACCUCCUGGUGACUUCAAAGACAGUGACCUCUACAAACGCCAGUGGAAGCAGGUGCAACAUCUCGCAAACGCUUUCUGGCAUCGUUGGAAAAACCAAUACCUCUCUACCCUACAAGGCCGCAGGAAAUGGCAAUGGGAGAGACCUAACCUGCAAGAAGGUGACCUUGUGCUGCUGAAGGAUAGUCAGGUUCAUCGGAAUCAAUGGCCAAUGGGCAUGGUGGUCAAAACCUUCCCCAGCCAUGACGGAAAGGUCAGGAAGAUAGAAGUCACGGUUGCCUCUGGAGGAACAUGCAAGGUUUUCUUGAGGCCCAUAAUGGACACUAUCCUCCUCCUUCCAAACACUAAUGAUAAGAACAAUCAAAAGAAAAUGUAAUUGUGACAUCUCAUAGAUGUCAAGCGGGGAGUGUGCUGUCUAAGACACUGUCUUACUCCAGCCAGCAGGUGGUGCUGUUGCUUUUUGUUUCUUCUUUUGUUAGUACCAGCCAAUGGGAAAUACUUACAUUAAAAACAUAGGAAGUGAUACCCACAUGUGAGUCGUGGUUGAAAGGGACAGAGAGGAGAAUAUCAUUGUUUGAAUCUGCAUCCAUCCUUCGUUGCUAUGUUGUUGAAAGCAUUGCUUGUAAUUUUACUCUGUUGACUUGUGGAUGUAAACAUCUUAUUAAAGAAGAUAAACGCUUGCCACUUGUCGAGGAGUUAUCUGUCUGCAUAUCUGUACUCAUAACGACAGUGAUGGCAAAACACAGACCCACUGUCUUGGAAGACAGACAAAGACCAGGACACUGCUCCCCCUGUCUUUACAUUUAUAAUGAAUAGUUGGUUGAAAAAGUUCUGAUAUUGGAAAUAUUGAGAUUUUACAGUUUCUUAUGUUAACAUAAAUAGUUGGUUGAAAAAAAAA